UCGCUCGCCACCAUGGAUGGUUCGAAGGGGAGCGUAGGUGGCGGGGACGGGACCGGGCCCGAAAAGCCAAGCGUCGAUUCGAACCCUAGCCUUGACCCACCCCAACCUACCGCGGUGGCUGUCGAAGCCACAGAUGACGGUGCGGCCGCGGCUGCGGCCAAGGCGGCCAGGCGGCCCUUCACGGCCCUCAGCCAAGAGGAAGCUGACCUCGCCCUCGCCCGUGUCCUGCAGGAGCAGGAGCGGGCGUACAUGUUGCUUCGGAUGAACGGGGGCGGUGGCGAGGGCAGCAACUACGGGAGCUCUGAUGAAGGGAGCUACGAAUAUGACGAAGAGGGAGAGGAGGACUACGAAGAUAAACUGGAGCUCUCGCUGGUCUCAGCGAUUGUGAGGCGAACAGUGGAGGUGGAGCACGAGGAGGAUCAUGCGAAUGAUUCCCAUGAGACAUGGCAAGAGGUUGAUCCAGAUGAAUACUCUUAUGAGGAGCUAGUCGCAUUGGGUGAAGUAGUUGGCACAGAAAACAGAGGUCUCUCUGCCGAUACACUUGCUUCUUUACCUUCAGUAACAUACAAGCUGCAACAUGUUCAGGAUGGCAACACGGAGCAAUGCGUAAUUUGCUGUGUGGAAUUGGAGGAUGAAUCUUUAUGCGAUGUUUUAUGGACAACAAUUACACACAACAUAACAGCCAAUGAUAAUUAA